UUCUGUUUCCACCAAGCUUUCGUUUCCCAACACUUUUUUCCUCCUUCCGUUCCCCUUUCUAGAAUUCUUCCCCAAUUCCUCGUAUGUUGUUGAUAUUGUUAUUUUAACAUAUCUAAUUUUCUACCUUUUUCCUAGUAAUCUUAUUUUUCUUUUCCCUUUCGUUAGAACCCUAAUGCAUCUCUCUAAUUCAUCUUCCAUGGGAGGAGUUGUAGUUCUUCAACCCCAAGAUUUGUUCAACGAGCGACUGCCUCGUUCAAAUUUAAUUAAUUCUCCUAAUUUUGGUUCUAUCAAUUCUCGCCGAAACCCAAAUUCCAAUUCUAACCCUAACCCCACUUUCAUUUAUAACCAUAAGCCUACCACCAUUUCUGAGAGAUCGUCGAAUCGAUCUCGAAAACGGAGUCCACUUACCAAGAGUGGCACCACCACCAUGACGGCCGUGGCUGUCAAUCAGAAACCCAGAAAUGCCCUUGUCAUGGAGCAAGUGCAGAUACUAAAACGCGGGGAAGCCUUGGACCAGACGGUAAAGAAGGCGGCAAGGACUCCAAUAAAAGGGGAGAAGUGUUUGCAGACCAAAGAUUUGGAUGAUUUUGUGUUGGCCUCGACGGAUCGUUUGGUUCCGGAGCCUGGUACGGUACCCAAACAGAUCAACGUCCCUGGUUUUUAUGCUGGAUCGGCGUUUAUUGAGUCGCCACCGCCGAGCUCAUUACCUGUACCGGCUUUUUUCAAGAAAAGGAGUGUUUUGGCUGAGAAAAAUGAUGCCACCAGUGAUUUGCGUCGAAUUCUUGGACUUGAUUUGGUUUGAAUUGCACGGCCAGCUGUUGGAUUGUGCAUGCCUGUUGAUGUUUGGUUGCUCCAAUUUUAGAAAAAUUCCCUUAUUUUUUCAUGGGAAGGUUCGAAUUGGUAGAGCAGAUUAUCGAUUUUUCAUUGCAUAGAGUUUCAGUCAGAGUAUAGGGGUAUAAAGUAUUUCCUCUAAACAAAUAUGGGUUAAGUUUAGUUUGUAUUUCUGCGAUAUGUGAUUAGGUUUUCAUUAUGUAAUUUAAUAACUUUUACAAGUAGAUUGGUGAUGUGCGUCUUUAGCUUUUAAUAUAUGUCUACAAGUAUGAGUUUUUCAGUUAUGAAUAAUUCUCUUUUGGAUUGAAUUUUGAUGGGUUUUGUUGAUCAUUACUCUACUAAUGAGAUAUUUGAUUGAUUGAGCACUCAUUCAUGGGCUAAAACGAUGAUGCUUAUUGUCAAGAAAUUAUUAUGAUGAUGAAAGUCAAAAGUGAUCUAAUUUCUGGUGAGGGAUGGUAAGAGGUGGUUAAGCGAACACAAAUCUCCACGGGUACAAAGCAGAUUCUCAGUUUUUGUGGAUGAAUUUUUUAAAAUUCGAUGAUUUAUGCAGAAGGGAGAAAGGAGUUCCGUUAAGGAGGGUGGUUUGCUCAAUGUAGAGCCAUUAAGGAGGGUUCUGUAGUUGGUACAAUUUGUAUGGAGGGUUUUGUACUUGUAAUUGAUGGUUCCG